AUGUCAUCGCUUGCACGGAUCCUUACCGAUAAUUAUUUCGACUCGGUUCGAGCCGAGUUCGUUAAAGAGAACAAUGUUAUAACGAUCGAUAAAACCAAUGGACUUAUUCUUGGAGUUAGCAAGGCUUUAGACGCCUCUGACCCUCCGCCGGCUGAUGUAGAAGUGAUAGAUUUGCGUGGCCUGACCGUCAUGCCAGGAUUCGUGGACACACAUGUGCACUUCUUCUUACACCCAUAUGCUGAGGCAUCCUGGAGCGACCAAGUAACCCGCGAAAGUGUUACCGAGCGUACAAUACGGGCAGUCAAUCACGCGAAAGCUACUCUUAUGGCCGGUUUCACGACAGUUAGAGACCUAGGAACCGAGGGUGCAGGCGAUGCCGAUAUUGGGCUGCGGAAGUCUAUCGUAACCACCGGAAGUUAUGGCCCUAAAACUCAGCUCCAUCCCAAUGCACAAAGCGUCGAUGGAGUGUCAGGCGCUCAGGUCGCGGACGGACCAGCUGAAUGCUCUCGUGUGGUUAGGCAGCACAUUGGGGCCGGAGCUGAUUGGGUCAAGCCGGAAUCGGCCCCAUCUCUUAUGGAAGAAAGACGAGUGGGAUGCAUUGGUUACAACGCGCAUACCGCAGGCGUCAAGGUUGCGGUCCAUGCAAACACUGCAGAAGCAGCCUUGGCUGCUAUCAAUGCUGGUGCUAAUUCCCUCGAACAUGGUUAUGGAUAUAACGAAGAAGUAUUUGCCAAGCUUCGUGGUGGACGGGUUGUCUGGAACCCAACUUUGUCGGUGUUCAAUCUCGAACCCGAUACCCGAAGUCUCCAUAACCCCAUGUCAGGCAUUCCUAUUGCAGUUGGCGGAGAUACGGGCCAUUCGCUCAUGGGACCAAUGCUGGGGAACUAA